AUGUCUACUACACUCAUGAGACUUCGCUCGGCACGGCCUACUGGCUCUUGCCUGCGCUCCGUUCCUGCAGGACUUUCUAUUCAAACUCGUGCUAAGACUACCAUGCCAUUCCGCCUCCCCGAUGCUCGAAACGAACCAAACCUUCUAUACAAGAAAGGCUCACCGGAGCGCGCUAAGCUUGAAGAAGCAUUGACCAAGCUCCGCUCCCAGCUACCCGUGCGGAGUGAGCUCUUCUAUGAUGGAAAAUUCCAAGCGAGCUCCAAGUCUUGGGAUCAACCAUUGCCUGCCGAACAUGCCACUACCUUCACAAACUACCCACUCGCCACCGAUGAACAGACCCGAUCAGCUAUUGAACUAGCUCUGGAGGCAAAGCAAAGUUGGCAAGAUACCCCAUUUGUUGAUCGAGCUUCGAUCUUUCUCAAGGCUGCCGAGCUGCUUUGCACCAAGUAUCGAUACGAGAUUAUUGCAGCUACGAUGCUUGGACAAGGAAAGAACAUCUGGCAGGGAGAGAUUGAUGCUGCGGCUGAAUUGGCGGAUUUCUUCCGUCUGAACUGCAACUGGGCAGCUGAAAUCCUGGAGAAGCAGCCAACUCGUGGCAGUGAUGGCAUGUGGAGUCGUAUCGACUACCGUCCCCUGGAAGGCUUCGUUUACGCCGUCUCCCCAUUCAACUUCACAGCCAUUGGUGGCAACCUGAUCUGCGGACCUGCGCUAAUGGGUAACGUAGUACUGUGGAAGCCUUCGGCGUCUAACGUCUACGCGAGCUCUUUGCUCUACAAGAUCCUUUUGGAGGCCGGUCUCCCUCCCAACGUGAUCCAAUUUGUGACCGGUGACCCUGAAGCCAUUACUGAGACUGUUCUCUCACACCGUGACUUUGCCGGCUUGAACUUUAUCGGGUCUUCCGAUGUCUUCCGUUCUCUGUAUGGUAAGAUUGGCCAGGGUGUUGCCGAAAAGAAAUACCGCGAGUUCCCUCGCUUCGUUGCCGAGACCAGCGGAAAGAAUUUCCAUCUUGUUCACCCCUCGGCCGAUAUCACUAGUGCAGUCAACCACACCAUUCGCGGCUCAUUCGAGUACCAGGGUCAGAAAUGCUCUGCCACAUCCCGUCUCUACUUGCCGGAGUCCCGCGCAGAGGAGUUCCUUGCUCAGUUGAAGGCUGGCAUCAAGGAGAUCACCAUUGGAAACCCGGACAAGGAUUUGGAAGCUUUCAUGGGCCCUGUCAUCCACCGUGGAUCAUUCGAGAAGAUCAAGUCUAUCAUUGAUGCUAGCAACAAGGACCCCUCGCUGAAGCUGAUUGCGGGUGGUACUUAUGAUGAAUCAGUUGGAUACUAUGUGCACCCUACUGUGUACCAAGCCGAUUCACCAGACCACCGUCUCUUCAACGAGGAGAUCUUCGGCCCGGUGCUUGCUGUGCACAUCUACAAGGAUGCCGAAUGGGCUUCUACUUUGAAGUCUGUUGAUCAGAAUGGAGGCGGAUUUGCCUUGACUGGUGCUGUCUUUGCCAAGGAUCGCGUUGCUAUCCGCCAGGCUGAAGAUGCGCUCCGAUACUCUGCCGGAAACUUCUAUAUCAAUUGCAAGACAACUGCUGCCCUUAUCGGCCAGCAGUCUUUCGGUGGUGCCCGUGCUAGUGGAACUAACGAUAAGGCUGGUAGCUCUGACCCUCUCCGUCGUUUCGUUAGCCCGCGGUUGAUUAAGGAGGAAUUCUUUGGUCAGGAGGAGGGUUUCACUUACCCCAGCAACCACUAA